UUAAUUAACUUUAGUAUUUGAUAUGUCACCUGAGUCUAAUAUAGAAAAUAAUAGCAAAAAAACUGAGAAUAUUUCAGAUGAGCUGAACUCCCAGGUUCAUCAUUCAUCUCAUUUUGAGGUUUCAAGCAGCGAAGAAGAUGAUGUUGAUACAAAUCAAAGUGAAUAUGCAGGUUACCAACUCCUCUCACAGGAUUUGUCAUGCAACUAUAGUAGUGAAGAUGAGAGAGAAGAAAUUUCUGUAGGCAAUGAUGAAUUACAUAAUACUGAAAAUAUUUGCAUUGAUUAUCAGAAUCUUGUAUGCUCUGCUAUUGAAGAUGGCUUAUCAAGUAUAGGGCUAGAAUUUCCUGAAUAUGACAAUCAUGCAGAUUGUGGUAUCACCUUUGAAAAAAAUGAUUUUAAAAUAUCUGAAACUCAUGCAGAAAUAAUCAGGAAAUCUAUGUCAGGAUUUUCACUUCCAACAACAAACAUUCCUGAAUGGGCAAAAGAUGUAUCUGAUGACCAAUUAAAGGAAACCUUAAGAAAAGCAAUUAAUGAAAAAUCUCAAGGAAAAUAAGUUCACUGUAUUCAGCUGUUCAUAUAUUGAUUUUAUAUUUUUAUAAUUUUUGAUAAGAAACUGGUGUCAAGCAUCAGCUCCCAACAUCACACCAAUCACACUGCCAGUGUAAAAUAUUAAAACAAACACCAGUGUAAAACAUCAGAUCCAACCAAAAUUUGUUUUUAAGUCUUUUUUUAAUUAAUAAUAGUUUAUACUUGAAUAAUUUAUUAUAUUAUUUAUUUGA